GUAUGAGUGUGUCGGUGUAGGACCGGCGCUCCGAGGGGGGCUCGCGCACGCUUCGUGCAUGCAUUUGCGAGUGUUGCGCGGAGUGCGCGUGUAGUUUGUGACAUUAGGGGUGACUGGAACUGUCACACGCGAAACUACACCCUGCUUCAAAAUGUCAAACCGAGCAUGGGUGACGCUGGCCACAAACGACUCCUACGGCCUGGGAGCACUGGUCUUGGCACACUCCCUGCGCCGCGUUCGGUCCACGCACUCCACUGUGGUCCUCAUCACACCAUCAGUUACUGAUGCCAUGAGAGACCGUCUCCGCGCAGUAUUCACGGAGGUGGUGACCGUGGAUGUGUUGGACUCGCGCGACGCGGCCCACCUGGCGCUGCUGCAGCGGCCCGAGCUGGGCAUCACCUUCACAAAGAUCCACUGCUGGGGGCUCACGCAGUACGAGAAGUGCGUGUUCCUGGAUGCUGAUACCCUGGUGGUACAGAACUGCGAUGAGCUGUUCGAGCGGGAAGAGCUCUCCGCGGCCCCCGACGUCGGCUGGCCGGACUGCUUCAACUCUGGCGUGUUCGUCUACAAGCCUUCCACGGAGACCUUCGACGCGCUCAUCAAGUUCGCGCAGGAGCGCGGCAGUUUUGACGGUGGCGACCAAGGCCUGCUGAACUCCUUCUUCUCGGACUGGGCGCGCGGCGACAUCAACAAACACCUGCCUUUCCUCUACAACGUCACCUCAGCUGCUUUCUACUCCUACCUGCCGGCACUCAAACAGUACGGGCAAGACCUAAAGAUCAUCCACUUCAUCGGCGCGGCGAAGCCGUGGCUGCAGCCCUACAACUUCGAGACGCGCUCCGUGUCCGCGCCCGACCACCUGCAGGGGCUGCUGCAGCUGUGGUGGGACCUCUUCGUGGGCCAGGUGCACCACCAGCUCGAUACAUCCAUGCAUUCCAACCAGGACGUUAGUGUUUCAGAGGUUGAGGACGUUGAGGUAGAGGCCCCCCCGAUGCCCCCUCCGGACGCCCAACAUUACGAGCCCAGCUUGGACCCGCGAUCAGAAUUCCGGUGGCACCACCCGGACGCACAACUCCAAGACGAAGCGGUAGCCGACAAACCUGACUUCACAGACUUCUACGAUCCCUGGCAGAAUUACAAAGGAAACAUCCCGCCCAAUCCAAAUCCGGAAGUCUCGGAUGAUCACAAAGCAGUGAGAGACUACGUGUGGGAAUAUAAAGCACCGGCACACACCGACGCGUGGCAGCCGCCCGCCGGCUACCAGCACGACACCCACUGGCACAACGAACCCCACCAACACACGCACAGCCACGACCACACAGAUCACUCCUGGGACCAUUCUCACACUCACACCCAUCACACCGACGAACACCACGGCUGGUACCAUCAAUACGAGGCAGGUCAACCUUUCACGAAUCACGAAACCCCGCACCAUCAUCAUAGUGAAGACCACCACAAUCACGGGCAAACUCACGCACAGUAUCCUCAUGAUCAUCACUACGAUCACACGAGCCAUCAUCACCAUGAUCAUAGCCAUUCUGAACAGCCACACGAAUCAUCCAACUCGCAGUGGAGCAAAGGUUUUGAUCACACGCAAGUAGACACUUCACGGGUUCACAUAGUACAUCACGUUCACAUAGAUUAUGAUAACGAAAGAGAGAACAGGGAAGCCGGUGUGCCGGUGGCGAUAAAAGACAUGAACGGCGAUGCCUCCGAGACCGAAAGUUGUGAUCAUGAGGAUAUAAAACCGAGGCACCCGUACGACAACUACUAUCUAAAACAUAUAUCCACUAUUGAUUCGUACGGACGAAAGAUCUGUUCUCACGAAAUACCUCCCCUCCCGUCGCCGUCUUCAUCAGAGUAUAUGACUCCUGACGAUUCAGAAGAGGAGGACGAAGCGCUCGAAAACCACGCAUCUCAAAGCGGAGUGGCGGGGAACCUGGCGCGGGUGGUGCCGGGCGCGGCCGCGGGCGAGGCGCUGGACGAGCUGACGCGCCGCCAGGGCUGGGAGGCCGGCAACAUCGACUACAUGGGCGCCGACUCCUUCGACAACAUCUGGGCCAAGAUCUCGCAGACCCUCAGCCAGCCGAGGACGUCCCCGCCCAAGGACCAGCCGAAGCGACCCUCUCCUCCCAAGGAGGCGCCGAAACAGCCCUCGCCUCCCAAGGAGGCCCCGAAGCGGCCGUCGCCACCGAAAGAGCUCGCGCCUAAGCAACCGUCCCCGCCUAAAGAGGCCCCCGCGGAAGCGAAGCCCGCGGAGGCCCCGGCGGAAGCGAAGCCCGCGGAUGCCCCGGCGGAAGCGAAGCCCGCGGAUGCCCCGGCGGAAGCGAAGUCCGCCGAAGCCCCGGCGGAGGCCAAACCCGCCGAAGUUCCGGCCGUGGAGCCGGUCGCCGAGGCGGCAGGUAAACCAACUCCCGUCUCUCCCGCCGCAGAGGCUGCAGCCCCGGCCGCGGCCGCGGCGGCGGUCCCGGCGCCCGCGCCCGCCGUCCCCGCGGCGGCGGCCCCCGUUGAAGCGGCGCCGGCGCCCGCCGCCGAGCCGAGCAAAGAGGAAAGCAAAGAAAAGACUGACAAACCCGAAGUUCCUCCUACGCCGCCGGCGACGCCGAAAUCUACCCCGGAGCCGUCCACUCCGGUCGCCGAAGCGCCAGCCGCCGUCGAGGCGUUGGCCGCUGCGGCCCCGGCGGCCCCCGCGACCCCCACCACCCCGGCGGCCCCCGCGACCCCUACAACCCCGGCGGCCCCCGCGACCCCCACCACCCCGGCGGCCCCCGCGACCCCUACAACCCCGGCGGCCCCCGCGACCCCCACCACCCCGCCGCCGCGACCCCCCACAACCCCGGCGGACCCCGCGACUCCCACAACCCCGGCAGCCCCCGCGACCCCCACAACCCCGGCGGCCGAGCCGCCCGCGAGCCCCGCGGCCCCGGCGGCGGCGACGCCGGAGAAGGCGCUGGACGUGAGCUCCGCGUCCAGCGACAGCCCGCCGCUCGCCAACACGCCGUUGAAGGACGACGCGCCCGCCGACCCCGCCGCCAAAUCGGAGGAGCGCGAGCGCAGGAAGAAGGUGGAGAAACUUCAGCUCAGCCCGCCGGCCGCCGCCGACCCGCUCGCCACGCCCGACUCCGAGCUCGAGGACGCCGCGGCGCUCGCGCAGUCUAUCAUCGCCUCGGAACUCACUCCCACAGACCCUCCCGCACCCACCCCCGCCUCGCCGGUGUCGCUCGCGCAGAUCGGCGUCAAGCCUAAGGGGAAAACCACUGCUGCACAAAUAGAAUCUUCCGUGGCCCCGGCCUCACCUAGCGCGGAGGCGCCCGCUACGCCAAGCGCGGCGGUGGCCUUUACACCGAGCGCGGCAGCACCCGCUUCGCCAAGCGACGCGGCACCAUCUACGCCAAGCGCAGCAGCGCCAGCUACACCGACUGCGGCGGCACCAGCUACGCCAAGUUUAGACGCGCCCGCUAAACCGAGCGCGGUGGCACCCGCUACGCCAGAGGCGGAAGCGCCCGCUACCCCAAGCGCUGUGGCACCCGCUACGCCGGUGACGGAAGCGCCCGCCACCCCUAGUGCUGCGGCACCCGCUACGCCUGUGGCGAAAGCGCCCGCCACCCCUAGCGCUGCGGCACCCGCUACGCCUGUGGCGGGAACGCCCGCCACCCCAAGCGCUGCGGCACCCGCUACGCCUGUGGCAGAAGCGCCCGCUACCCCAAGCGCGGCGGCACCCGCUACGCCAGUGGCGGAAGUGCCCGCUACCCUUAGCGCUGCGGCAUCCGCUACGGCUGUGGCGAAAACGCCCUCCACCCCUAGCGCUGCGGCACCCGCUACGCCUGUGGCGAAAACGCCCUCUACUCCUAGCGCGGCGGCAUCCGCUACGCCUGUGGCGAAAACGCCCUCCACCCCUAGCGCUGCGGCACCCGCUACGCCUGUGGUGAAAGCGCCCGCCACCCCUACUAGCGCUGCGGCACCCGCUACGCCUGUGGCGAAAGCGCCCGCCACCCCUACUAGCGCUGCGGCACCCGCUACGCCUGUGGCGGAAGCGCCCCCUACCCCAAGCGCGGCGGCACCCGCUACGCCCAGUACGCCAAGCUCGGAAGCACCCGCUACGCCGAGCUCAGAGCCUUCCACCCCUAGCGCAGAGACACCCUCUACCCCUACCACGACCGAGGCACCUAAGGAUGCUCCUAAAAAGAAGGUCAUAAAGAAAGUAGUCAAAAAGGAGGGCGAUGCCCCGGUGCCGCCGCCGCGCAAGAAGGAAAAGAAACCCAAAGAAAAGUGAGCGCUCGCCACUCGACAGUUCCUCUGUGCCAUAUUUUGUAACCUCUCUUUUCUACUUUAAUUGUUACUUUUAAGUUUAUUUAAUUUUUGAAUAAUAUGCUUUCAUGUGCCGCGUAACCCUAAAGGUACUAAGUAUGUGAGAUAUUAUUGUGUUACAUAUUUGCAUCACACAAUCAUAUUUUGUACUUUCUAGUCUAUAUAGCGCAGUCGAGUAUUGGUAGACGCGUAAUUGGAUAUUUAUUUUGUCUUGUACACGAUGUUUAAAAAACCUACUAUAAUGUUAUUAAAUCAUAUUUUGGUUAUUCUUUGGAAUAAAUUGUUAAACCAAAGGAGUUUUAUAUGAGACGUAUUUAUUGAAACGAAAUUAUUGUAAUUUUGUAUGAAAUUAAAGUCUAUUUUGUAUUA